AUGGUGAUGCAAAUAAAUAUCUAUCUAUCUAUCUAUCUAUCUAUCUACGGGCACGAAAGAGAGUGCCCGAGCGAGCAGCGCGUUGUAAUCGGGUGCCGUGCGCAGUGCUGCGAGCGGGAGGAGCGCGAGAAGGAGACGGAAGAUAUGGCGGCGCCCGAGUGCGAGCGGGAGGCCCGCAAGCGGCGCGAGCGCAGAGAUUCGGGCUGCACGCACGAGCGCAAAGAGCGACGGCCGCACAGCGAGGAGCGGACGCCACCGCCGCCGCCGCCACCACCUCUACAUGACUGCAAUCGCCUUGAGUCAGAGCGACGAGCCGAGAGGCUCUCGCGCGCGCGUCGCCCGCAAUAUGGCGGCAAGCGGCGACGGGCACCCGCACGCAUCCCGAAACAUCCCAAGGAGAACGAAUGCUUCACGACAUCCGAAGAGACUCGGUGCAGCACCCCCACGCCUUUUGACUACGCACAGCUACAGAAAACGCAAACACUAUCCGAUGAGCCAGAAACAUUGGACGCGGGCGCUCUCCAACGCCAGGUGGGCCGCACGGUCAGCGUCGAGGGGCCCGAAGACGGCGAGCUGUCGGUGAGCGCGCGGGCCGCCGCCGCCGAGCGGGCCCGCCGCGACGAGCGCUCCGUGGCCCCACGGCCCUUCACGCGCCGCGACCAGCCCUGCCCCGAGAAACGGCUGGAGAAGAUCAACAAGAAGAUCUCCGUCCUCAAAAAAAGCAUCUCCAAAUACGAAAGCGAAUACGAAGCGAAGAAUGGCCACGCUUUAACCCCUAGCGACCGCAUAACCGACGUGCAGAUGCUCCGCAUGAACGAAUCCCUUCGCAGGCUGCAGGCAGAGAAGCGCUGCAUCAAAUCAGACCCGGUGGAAUAUGCCCUCAAAGUGCAAGCAGCUAAGCAACAGAAAGAGAGAGACGACAAACUUGACGCAGUGCUGAAGAGCGAUAAGCCUAUGACUGAAGUCGUGAGAGAUAUAGAAGAGUGGCUCGAGGGUUGUCGCCAAGCGGGGGGCCGCUCGACGGUCCCCGAGAACACCUGGACCGCCUCCCAGCUGGCGGCAGAGAAGCUAUGCGUGCAGAAGGUCCUGCUUCGCCUGGAAGCGUCCCGGGGCCGGCCACCCGCACAUUCCGCAGACCGUGGGGCCGCGAGGCACCUCUACGAGCGGUACAGAGCUGUGAAGCGAGCCUUAGCCAUCUCCAGGCCUGAUGCGGUGAUCGGCGCCAACGGCGAGCUGGCCACCAUCCACGAGCACGAGCCGAUGCUGUUCAACUCCAGCGUCGACAGCUCCAGCGACUCGCAGGAGAAACCAUCCGAUUCCUCUCAGGACACCAUAGAAACACCGCUGCAGUCGCCGCCGACCCGCGACGGCAUCGGCGAGGAGGUUCCCUCGUCGACGUCAUCAGCGCAGUCCGGCACCACCAGCGAGGAGGCCACGCCCUCCAACGAGGGCCUGCACUGCCUCGGCCUCGAAGACCUGGCCCGCGCCCUCAGCGAAGCCAAGCUGCAGAAAUGCGUACUUCGUCGCAACAUCAAAGAGUACGAGGUGAGUUUUGAACUGCAGAACAGCAGGAAGGUUCAGAGGGAUGACAAAAAGGGGAAGGAGGAAGAAUAUCUUCGCUAUAAAGCCGUCAAAGCUAGAAUCAAACUGCUGAACGCUCUCAUCAACAAACAAAAAGCUUUGGGAUAAGUUAUACUAAAUUAGAAAGCAGUAUAACUACUGAUACACUUUCAUUUAAAACCAAGGAGUCUCCGCCUGCUGUAGUAAAUCCACAACCAACUACCUGUAUAGAACUUUCUACAAAACCGUAAAUGUUAUUGAUAAUUUUACAUUUUAAGGCCAUCUUAAAUCAGAUGAAUAUAAAUGUUGUAGAAUUUCUAACAACAGAUUUAGUUACCAAUUUGCAAACAGAUAAAAAAAUACAUAGAACUUGUAGUUAAGGUUCGAAUAUGAUUUAUACGCAAAAUUGUAUAGUGCCAAAUGUUGUUGAUCUAUACAAUAAUGUAUUGUACAAUUUGAGUAGAACUAUACCUUCAAGGCUUAUUGUUCGUACUUUUAUACGAAUAUAAAAAUUACUACAAAAAUUUAAUAACUAAAUAAGUAAGGGGUACAGUAGUGGGUACCAAGAUAUUAAUUUAUAUGUAGAGUUACGGUAAAUACGCAUAAGGCCAAUCAAAAAUUUGAGCAACCUUGCGCGAAACUAUAUAUCUAUUACUUUCUCUUUAUUUACCAGUGCAUACCUACUAGUUUAUAAAAUAUGUUGAUGAUAUUAUAAGAAUUAUUAUCUAUUUCUUACUGAUCUUGGAAGUUUUUGGAACGGUGUUAUUACUUCACUGCCCUUGACAUAUUAUACAUACUACCCAAUUUACACAUUGGAUUCUUUCAAAUACUUGUAAGUAUUACUGGAUUUGACAAAUUUUAGUAACUAGUUUAAUCUUAUCUUUAGUCAAAAGUUAAGAUUUUACACAAACUUACGCCAGUUUGUGUAAAAUCUUAACUUCUGAAAUGAAUUGAUUUGUGAAUUUUGUCUAUCAAUAUGGAGACCUAUUCAAGUUUUGUAAUUAACUAUUCAAUAUUUGUGUAAACUGUAUAAAUAAAUAGGCCUACUUAACUAACAGCUAUCUAGUAACUCUGUCUAAACCUUUUCACGCCACGGAAUGAAUUUUGACGAAUUAUUGAUUUUGUCUAAACUCCAAAGAUUGGACCUUAGAAAAGGACAUAAGCCUUAU